AUGGAUAGAAAUAAUCCAAUAAAAGAGAAGUUAAAGACGGAAGCUUGGGAUAAAUUUGCAACUUGGGCUUAUUCGGUUGGUUUACCUUUCAAUGCCGUAUGUGAUGAAAGUUUCCAAGAUAUGAUCAAUGCCAUUGGAGAAUAUGGAAGAGGUAUGCCAGCUCCAUCUUAUUAUAAUAUUCGUGUGUCAUUGAUGAAACGAAAGUUGGAAGAAACGAAAGCAUUUGUGGAUUCGUUUCGGCCACAUUGGGAAGAAUAUAAGUGUAGCAUCAUGUCCGAUUUUUGGACAGACGGGAAAGGAAGGUGUUUGAUAAACUUCCUAGUCAAUUGUCCUUUUGGAACGGUAUUUUUGAAAUCAAUUGAUGCAUCGGAGCAUGUGAAGAGUGCUGAUUUAAUUGUGAAGAUGAUAAAUGAGGUGAUAAUAGAAGUUGGAGAGGCGAACAUUGUGCAGUUCAUUACAGAUAACGGGUCAAACUUUAAAUCUGCUGGAGGGAUUUUACAAGAACAACAUCCUAGGAUGUUUUGGACUCCUUGUGCAGCACAUUGUGUGAACCUCAUGAUUCAAGAUAUUGCUGAGAAAAUACCAAAGAUAAAGACUACCCUGACUGAUGCAAGAGCAAUUGUGGUUUUCAUUUAUAACCACGAAAGGAUUCUUAAUCUAAUGAGGAAGUUGACGAAAAACAAAGAGUUGCACAGGUCUUGUGUAACUAGGUUUGCAACUCAGUUUUAUACCAUUCAGAGUGUCCACGAGAAUCGACAUCAUAUUCAAGUAUUGUUUGUCUCUGAAGAAUGGAGGAAAAGUAGUUUUUCAAAGACAGUGGCUGGAAAGAGAGUCGAGCGAAUAGCGGGAAAAACGGAAUUUUGGGACAGCAUACAACUAGCUUGUCAAGUGCUAGCUCCUUUGGUUGAUGUGAUUAGAUUGGUUGAUACGGAAGAGAAGCCAAGUAUGGGUUAUAUCUAUGAUGCAAUGGUUAGAGCAAAGGAGCAAAUCACGAAAAAUGUAACUGAUGUAAAACUUGUCCAUAAAAUUAAAAGUAUGAUUCAAGCAAGAUGGACCGACCAACUUCAUCACCCGUUACAUGCAGCUGGAUAUUACUUGAACCUCGCUAUUUUACAUGGGGAAAAUUCGAAAGAUAAAAAAAAAGAACGCGGAAGUUUUGACGGGACUUUACGAGAUAUAUGGUGGCGUACAUAUGGGAUCGACACACCUUUGCUCCAAUCAUUUGCUAUUAGUGUCCUCAGUCAAACUUGUAGCGCUUCACCUUCUGAACGCAGUUGGAGUACAUUUGACAAUUUACACUCAAAGAAAAGAAAUUGUCUUUUGCAACAAAAACUCAAUGAUCUUGUAUUCAUUCAAUACAACCCAAGGUUACAAAGGCGCUUCAACUCAUUAAAAGCCAACAGAUCUUUGGAUCCCAUUUUGUUGAGAGAUGUAGAGGAAAAUGAUGAUUGGGUUACACCAACACAAGAUGAGCUUCAAGACUUUGUUCAGGGUACAGAUGGUCUUCGUUGGACGGAUGUACGAGAGGCCAUGGGAGGAAACGAAGAAGUUGGGCCAAGUACUAGGACCAAAAGAUCACGCUAUAGAGAUGAUGAUGAUGAUGUUCCAAUCAAUGUGGAAGAUGAUCUUAAUGUACAAUUGGAUGAGAUGGUUGAUGUGGACUCGGAGGAAGAUUUUAUGUCUUAUGAUUAG